GCUGCGGGUGCGCGAGCAGCGCGCUCCCGCCGUCCGCGUCGCCAUCUUUUCCCCCUCCGUCUGUCUGUCUGCCGUUGGCUUUGUCCGUCUGCAGCGCCGCCCCUCGGCUCCCCGCCACCGGCUUGGCUCGAAGCCGCCCUCCGCCUGCCGGGCCCAGUCCCGGAGAGCCCCGGCCCGGCCGGCCCGAGCUGCGGCCCGGGGCCCAUUGUCCGGCGGUCCGUCUGUCCGGAGGCGGGGCCCAGGGACGCGGAGCGCCGCGGAGCGCCGAGGCGCCGGAUACAAAUCACUGGGAUUCAGGCGAGUUUACUUUGCUCCGUGGGAACUGCACCAGAGCUGGAGGUCAGCAUCCCGCAAGGAGGUAGUAAUAUAUCCAGUUGUGAAACUGGGAAAGGCCAGAGCUCUCGGAUCAGGGAAACAUGUCCCGUCGGAAACAGACAAAUCCGAAUAAAGUUCACUGGGAUCAAGUAUUUGCUGGGCUAGAAGAGCAAGCCCGCCAGGCGAUGAUGAAAACUGAUUUUCCUGGAGACCUUGGCAGUCAGCGACAAGCUAUCCAACAACUAAGAGAUCAGGACUCCAGUAGCAGUGACAGUGAGGGUGAUGAAGAGGAGACCACACAAGAUGAAGUCUCUUCCCACACAUCAGAGGAAGAUGGAGGGGUGGUCAAAGUGGAAAAAGAGUUAGAAAAUACGGAACAGCCUGUUGGUGGGAAUGAAGUGGCAGAGCAUGAGGUCACAGGAAACUUGAAUUCUGACCCCUUACUUGGACUCUGCCAGUGUCCCCUCUGCCAGCUAGACUGUGGGAGUCGGGAGCAGCUGAUUGCUCAUGUGUACCAGCACACUGCAGCAGUGGUGAGCGCCAAGAGCUACAUGUGUCCUGUCUGUGGCCGGGCCCUGAGCUCCCCAGGGUCAUUGGGUCGUCACCUCCUAAUCCACUCAGAGGACCAGAGGUCUAACUGUGCUGUGUGUGGAGCCCGUUUUACCAGCCAUGCCACGUUUAACAGCGAGAAACUCCCUGAAGUACUUAAUAUGGAAUCCCUACCCCCAGCCCAUAGUGAGGGUCCCUCCAGUGCUGAGGGGAAGGACAUUGCCUUUAGCCCUCCUGUGUACCCUGCUGGAAUUCUGCUUGUGUGCAACAAUUGUGCUGCCUACCGUAAGCUACUGGAAGCACAGACCCCCAGUGUUCGCAAGUGGGCCCUACGCCGACAGAAUGAGCCAUUGGAAGUACGGCUGCAGCGGCUGGAACGAGAGCGCACAGCCAAGAAAAGUCGGCGGGACAAUGAGACUCCAGAGGAGCGGGAAGUAAGGCGCAUGAGGGACCGUGAAGCCAAGCGCCUGCAGCGCAUGCAGGAGACAGAUGAGCAGCGGGCACGUCGGCUGCAGCGGGAUCGGGAGGCUAUGAGGCUGAAGCGGGCCAAUGAAACCCCCGAGAAGAGGCAGGCCCGGCUCAUCCGGGAGCGGGAAGCCAAGCGGCUCAAGAGGAGGCUGGAGAAAAUGGACAUGAUGUUGCGAGCUCAGUUUGGUCAGGACCCUUCUGCCAUGGCAGCCUUAGCAGCUGAAAUGAACUUCUUCCAGCUACCUGUGAGUGGGGUGGAGUUGGACAGCCAGCUCCUGGGCAAGAUGGCCUUUGAAGAGCAGAACAGUGGCUCUCUGCACUGAACCCGCCUGCCCUCCCACUCACCCAGGUCCACAGGGAUCCAUGCUACAGCCAACCCACAGGGCCUUGUCCUUAUUGCUGGAGGCAGGCCUGGGUUUGUUGCAGGUGGACCUAAGCACCUCUUGCAUGUGGGAGCAGGAUGAUGGGGUCAGCAGGGAGCCAGCUUAAGGCAGCUCUAGACAAGGGAGUAGGCACUCCAGAGAACUAGACUCCCAGCCCACUGCUGCAGGGCAUGCUUAUAGGACUAUGGGGCCCAGUGUGGCUCACAGAGUUGUGAGGGCAAAUAAAUUAAUUUUAUCUUUACUG